CUCAAUAUUCGAAUCAAAGCCAAACUAUUUCUGCAAAUCAACAAAAGAACUUCAAACAGAUUUCUUCUUCUGGGUUUUAUUAGUUCUCAUCUUUUUUUCUCUCUAAUCUAUACAGUCUGGUCUCUUUUUUUCUCCCUUUAGGUAGGUGCAUGUGGGUAUGGGUUGCUUCAAAGUUAUAUGCAUCAAACAAAAUCUAUUAAAUUCAGUUCACUGUAUUAUUAUUACUGAUUGUGAUUGCAACCAAACUUCUUUUUGAGUAAAUUUCCAUAUUCCUUUUUUGUUUCUCUUUAUAUCUCACUCCUUCACAUAAUUUUAGACCUCGGGCUUCUUUUUUUCCUUCCUUUUUCUUCUUCUUCUCAGAUUUCCUCUGUUUUUUUUUCUUCAUUUGCAACCCAUCUCACUCUUGUGAAUAUUCAGUUCAUAUUCUUUGGAACUCAGAUUCAAGAUUACUCAUUUUUGUUAGCAUUAUUAUAUAUAAAAACAACAUGGUAGGAAAGGGUAAAGAUCAGAGUGGUAGUUCAGAGAGGCAUCAAUGGAAGCCAAAUUUUAAGGAAGUUUCCAUUUCACCGAGGCCUCUUAAAAAUACUCAUCAAGAAUUUCACCAUCCUUAUUCUUCUUCUUCAUCUUCGAAUUCACCUACUACUAAUACCAAUUCAAUUUCUAUUUCUAGUUCUAGACUUGUUUUUCCUUUUUCUUAUGAUGCUUCUCAACCAAUUUCAUAUCCUCAACCACCACCACCACCAUUUCAACAACAACAAAACCAGCAGCAAAUGAUCUCUUUUGGUAAUCCUAGUCAAACGGGUUACCCUCCGUUUUUGCAAGGAGGAGAAGAUCAAUCAUUGCAGCAGCAACAAAAACAACAACUUCUUCAGUACUGGAGUGACACACUUAAUCUCAGUCCUCGUGGAAAGAUGUUAAUGAUGAACAGAUUAGAUCAAAAUUCCAGAAACCUUUUCAGAUUUCCUACACCUCUUGGCAUUAACACAACCACAAAGCUCUACAGAGGAGUAAGACAACGACAUUGGGGAAAAUGGGUAGCUGAAAUUCGUCUCCCUCGUAAUCGAACACGUCUUUGGCUUGGUACUUUUGAUACAGCCGAAGACGCUGCAUUGGCUUAUGAUCGCGAAGCCUUUAAGUUACGAGGAGAGAAUGCUCGGCUUAAUUUUCCUCAUCUCUUUCUUGGUAAAAAUAAGGAAGACAAGGUUAACACGAGCGCACCUCCGUGUUCAUCGUCUUCUCCACAACAAGAUAGCAACACUCUAAGUGAGCAGACUACUCAUGAUGCGGAUAUCACUAGUAUGGCAGCAACACAAGAAAGUCCCAGUGACGAUAAUUCGUAUAUACCCAGUUCUUAUCAGGACACUAAUUAUAUGGAAUCCGGAAUUGGAUCGAAUGAGGUCGAAGCUAGUAGCAGUGAUCAAACCAUGGAUGUAAACAAUCAGGAAUCAGUGAAAUGCGAAAGAUUUGCUGAUGACUCUCAAGAAAUGAUCUGGGGUGAUAUGGAAGAAGCUUUGCUCAAUUCAAUCCAAGGUGGUUGGGGUCCAAAUAGUCCAGUUUGGGAUGAUUUUCCUACAAUUCCAAAUUCUCAUCAUUCUGAUCAUCAAUUCUAUGGUGGUAAUUCUACCUUUGAAAAUUCUUCAUCUACCUGUCCCAUGCAAAUGUUUUUGUGGAGAGAUGGUGACUAAUUUCAUCACCAAAAUGAAGCUUUUCUUUUCUCUACUUUGCUACAGAGAAUUGCUUCAUAUCUGAGUUGGUGGUGGACAAGUCAUGACUCUCUCUCUCUCUCUCUACCCAUAUCUCUCUUUCUCCUCCCUCUAUCCUAGAGUUGGGUAGGAAAACUUUAUUUUCACUGGUUGCAGAUUUUUUAAAGGUCAACCAGUCAUUUCUCUAGUUAGUUAUUGCUGUCUAGUGCAAACUCUGAAAAGCCUUCUUUUGUUGCAACUUUUGGGUUUUGGGGUCUAUUGCUACAUGAAAGGCUGCAUUAUUUAGAAGUCUUUAUUUAGUAAGAAUCCCAGAAUCCAAAUGAGUCUAAAAACACAAGCCAAAACCUUUCAACAUCUUUUAGUUAGGUUUUGUUUGUUUAUGGGUUUAUUAGAUUUUGUGGUGUGUAAAUUAGAGAGGGGUAUUGUCAUUGAGAUAGUGCACGGUCUUAUUAUGUCCUAUGUAAAUGUUAUGGUCUAGUUUAGUGUUUGUAAUGUCGAAGCUUGGUAAUUUAGUAGCGUGGUUCAUCACAGCCAAUGUAGGAGACAGUUUUGUGAUCUCCUCUCUCCCGGAUGGACAUCUGUUUUUGCGAAUCUAUUAUGUAUACCAUUUGCAUCAUGUUUAUGUUUAUGUUUA